GCCGCGAGAAUAGAGUGGACGGAGACUCGAAGAGACCUAAAGGGCUGGGGGCGGAGGUACCGACCUUCCUCGCACGGCGUGCGAAGAGGCGCCCCGGGACUCUGGCCCCCGGCUCUCCGCCCGCGGCCUGUGAGGGCAGAUAGCGUGGGCGAGGCCCUUAUCUGCCACCCCGCGGGGCGCCGGCGAGGGAGGCCUUACGACCCCGUUCUCCUCCCUCGUUUUUCUCUCGUUCCUCCCCUUCGCCGGUGGCUUCCCGAUGGGCCGCACCGUGGUCGUGCUGGGUGGAGGCAUCAGCGGCUUGGCUGCCUGCUACCACCUGAGCCGGGCCCCCCGCCCCCCUAAGGUGGUCCUGGUGGAGGGCAGCCCGCGUCUGGGAGGCUGGAUCCGCUCAGUCCAAGGGCCGGAUGGUGCCAUCUUUGAACUCGGCCCUCGGGGCAUUCGGCCGGCGGGAGCCCUGGGAGCCCGGACCCUGCUCAUGGUUUCCGAGCUUGGCUUGGACUCGGAAGUGUUGCCUGUCCGAGGGAACCACCCAGCGGCCCUGAACAGAUUCCUGUACGUAGGCGGCGCCCUGCACGCCCUCCCCACCGGCCUCAGGGGGCUGCUUCGCCCGUCGCCUCCCUUUUCCAAACCUCUGUUUUGGGCAGGGCUGAGGGAGCUGACCCAGCCCCGGGGAAAAGAGCCUGAUGAGACUGUGCACAGUUUUGCCGAGCGCCGCCUUGGACCUGAGGUGGCGUCUCUAGCCAUGGACAGUCUCUGCCGAGGAGUGUUUGCAGGCAACAGCCGGGAGCUCAGCAUCAGGUCCUGCUUUCCCAGUCUCUUCCAAGCUGAGCAAACCCACCGUUCGAUAUUACUGGGGCUGCUGCUGGGGGCAGGACAGAGCCCACAGCCAGACUCAGCACUCAUUCGCCAGGCCCGGGCUGAGCGCUGGAGCCAGUGGUCACUGCGUGGAGGGCUGGAGAUGUUGCCUCAGGCUCUUGACACCCACCUGACUAAUAGAGGAGUCAAUAUUCUGAGAGGCCAGCCUGUGUGCCGGCUUAGCCUCCAGGCAGAAGGGCGCUGGAAGGUGUCUCUAGGGGACAGCAGUCUGGAGGCUGACCAUAUUAUUAGUGCCAUUCCAGCUUCAGCACUCAGUGAGCUGCUCCCCGCAGAGGCCGCACCGCUGGCUGGCGUGCUGAGGACCAUCUCUGCCGUGUCAGUAGCUGUGGUGAACCUGCAGUACCGAGGAGCCCGGCUGCCUGUCCAGGGAUUUGGCCAUUUGGUGCCAUCCGCAGAAGACCCAGGUGUCCUGGGAAUCGUGUACGACUCAGUUGCUUUCCCUGAGCAGGACGGGAGUCCCCCUGGCCUCAGAGUGACUGUGAUGCUGGGAGGUUCCUGGUUACAGACACUGGCAGCCGGUGGGGCCUUGUCUCAGGAACUGUUCCAACAGCAAGCACAGGAAGCAGCUGCCACACAGUUAGGACUGAAGGAGCCCCCAAGUCACUGCCUGGUCCAUCUCCACAAGAACUGCAUUCCCCAGUACACAGUAGGCCACUGGCAAAAACUGGAGGCAGCUAAGCAAUUCCUGGCUGCUCAGAGGUUGCCCCUGACACUGGCCGGGGCGUCCUACGAGGGGGUUGCUGUCAACGACUGCAUAGAGAGUGGGCGCCAGGCGGCCUUCAGUGUCCUGGGCACUGAGCCCCACCCCGACCCCCACACCCUACAACCGUGAGAAUAAAAGCUGCUGGAGCCUGA